UCCAGCUUCUCUCGAAUCAACAAUAUCUAAGUGAAAUUAUAAAACCCUUCCAAUCCCUACUUUCUCUCUCCCUGAUACCAUUUUACCUUAUCUACACCAGCCAUACAUACGAUUUCUACAUACGUGGUCGGUCAGCUAAAACGGACGUUGGUCGUUGUAUCACCGAUCAGAUCAGGUUAUAAUGGCUCAGGACAAGUACAAUUUGAAGAAUCCGGCGGUGAAGAGGAUUUUGCAGGAGGUCAAAGAGAUGCAAUCUAAUCCUUCUGAUGAUUUCAUGAGCCUACCUCUUGAGGAGAACAUAUUUGAAUGGCAAUUUGCCAUCAGGGGCCCCUGUGAUACUGAAUUUGAGGGUGGGAUUUAUCAUGGACGGAUUCAAUUACCUGCAGAAUAUCCAUUCAAACCUCCUUCAUUUAUGCUGUUGACUCCAAAUGGCCGUUUUGAAACCCAGACAAAAAUAUGCUUAAGCAUAUCAAAUCACCAUCCUGAGCAUUGGCAGCCAUCAUGGAGUGUACGGACAGCACUGGUAGCUCUUAUAGCAUUCAUGCCUACCAAUCCAAAUGGUGCACUGGGCUCACUAGACUACAAGAAGGAAGAGAGGCGUGUUCUGGCCAUCAAAUCUCGAGAAGCUGCCCCUAGAUUUGGGACUCCUGAACGUCAAAAACUUAUUGAUGAGAUUCAUCAGUAUAUGCUAAGCAAGGCACCACCAGUUCCUCCAGUAAACCCCUCUCAGGAUUCUGAAGAACAACCAACCAACAGGGAGGGUGAAGCCCAGUCUAGUUUGCAAGAAGAUGAAUCCUUAGCUGCACAUGUUCCAAAUCCAGUAGAUGGUGAAAAUAUGGCAGUGGGUGAUAGGAUUACUGAAGAAGUUCCCGAGGCUUCUGUUAGUGUGAAUCCUGGCACUACAGCAGUGAGGGAAUCAAGAGAGAUUCCUGCUAGCGGUUCAAGUGAUCAGCUGCUGCAUAAGCCAGAGAUGAGAGUUCAAAAACCUGCCGAUGAUCGCUUGUUUACAUGGGCUGCUGUUGGACUUACCAUUGCAAUUGUGGUUCUUUUGCUGAAGAAGUUCAUGAAAUCCAAUGGACAUGGUGCUUUGUUCAUGGAUGGAUCAUAAAUGAAGAGAUAUUCAUCUAGAUUGGAUAACUUGUGUUUUUAAGUUAUAUCUACAGGGAGGGGAAAAAAUGGAAAACGGCAAGAUUCUACCGAGCUUUUCUUCUAGAUUAAUAUAAUUUAUAGUUAUAUAUUAUAACGUGCACGAUUAUUGUAAUUAAUAAUGGAGAUGAGCGACUUGUUUGCAACAA